CCUGCUGCGUGGGUGCGUGUGUGUGGGUAAUGUGUGCUAUGUGCGCCACAUAUAAAUGGCCUGAAAGAUGACACACAAGUCAGAGCAGAAGACAGACUCAGAGAACUACAGACAGCACUUAGUUCUAGAACUACUGCACUUAGUUCUUCCUUCUGUGUUCUGAAUCUCACACAUUAGGGGGUCUAGGCCCUUUUGGUUUCAAACUCGUAUCUACCUCGAUAGACCCAAGUAAUCAAUCAUGAGUGCGGACAAGGCACAGGUGGAGAACCUGCCUAUGUUCCAAGCGGGUCCUUCUCCGUCCCACCACGCUCCCUCAGGACAGGACUUUACCAACUUCGCGGCCAUCUUGAGUCGUAACGAGCGGAUUAAAGACGCCAAGCGCCUGAAGACGUUCGUGGAGCUGCGGGAUAAGUACGUGAGCAGGAAGGUGCUGUUUGAGGACCCGCUGUUCCCCGCCAGCAACACCUCGCUCUUCAAGACGCGCAAGGCGCCCCCUAACGUGGUCUGGAAGAGGCCCAGGGAGCUGUGUGACAAUCCCCAGUUCAUCAUUGGAGGAGCAGACAGAACCGACAUCUGCCAGGGCGACCUCGGUGACUGUUGGCUGCUUGCGGCCAUUGCUUGUCUGACCCUCAAUGAGAAGUUGCUGUACAGGGUUGUGCCCAAAGAUCAGAGCUUCACUGAGAACUAUGCUGGCAUCUUCCACUUUCAGUUUUGGCGGUAUGGAGAAUGGGUGGAUGUCGUGAUUGAUGACCGAAUCCCAACGAUGAACAACAAGCCGAUGUACACCACAUCCGGCAAGAAGAACGAGUUCUGGAGUGCUCUUCUGGAGAAGGCCUACGCCAAGCUGCAUGGCUCCUAUGAGGCUCUGCGGGGCGGUAACACCCUGGAGGCCAUGGAGGAUUUCACGGGGGGCGUGACCGAGUACUUCCUGGUCCGAGAGCACCAGAAGGAGCUGUUCCAGAUCAUGAAGAAGGCCAUGCAGAGGGGAUCACUCAUGUGCUGCGGCAUCGAGGAGUUCGUACCACAGAAUCGUGUUGUCAGAACGCCAGAGGGUCUGGUGAAAGGGCACGCAUACUCCGUAACGGGUGUUGAACAGGGCGGUCCGGACGGCGUGAAGAUCCGCUUGAUGCGCCUGAGAGACCCGUGGGGGGUGUCUCCUCUGCCCACCAUCAAGGCCUCGGACUGGACCUCCCUCGCCCAAUCAGACGAGGAGAAGAAGAGGCUGCAGCCCGUGGAGGAGCUUGGGGAGUUCUGGUUGUCCUAUGAGCACUUCCAGGCCAACUUCACCAGGGUGGAGAUCUGCAACCUGACCCCCGACACCCUGAAGGACAGCCGCAUGUCCAACUGGACCGUCACAGUACACGAGGGACGCUGGGUCAAGGGCAGCUCUGCUGGAGGAUGCAGGAACUUCUCAGACACCUUCUGGACUAACCCGCAGUACCGCAUCAAGCUGUCGGAGGUGGACGAUGAGCCGCACAACGGGGAGAAGACCUGCACCGCCGUAGUGGCCCUAAUGCAGAGGGAGAGGCGCAAGGAGAGCUACAUGGGGCCCGCCAUACACCCCAUAGGGUUCUUCAUAUAUGAGGUGCCAAAGAAGUUCCAUGGCAGUACCACUCCGCUCUCCAAGUCCUUCUUCCAGUCGACAGCCUCGGUGGCGAAGAGCAAGUCCUACGUGAACCUGCGCGAGGUGACGGAGCGCAUACAGCUGAAGCCCGGCGAGUACGUCAUCGUGCCCUCGACCUUUGACCCCAACUUGGAGUCCGACUUCAUCCUCAGGAUCUUCACGGAGAAGAAGAGCACCUCACAGGUGAUGGAGGAACCUGUUAAAGAAGAGAGGCAACAACAGGAACCAAGGAAGCUGAAGCUUGAUCAGCACCCAGAGGAGAGUGAGGAGGACAAACACUUCAGACACUUCUACAAGCAGAUCGCUGGACAGAACAUGGAGAUCGGUGCUCAUGAGCUGAAAAUCGUAUUAAAUGACGCCGUGUCCAAGUACAUUGACCCGAAGGAGGCGGUGUUUGGCCUGGACAGCUGCAGGAGUAUGCUCGCUCUCAUGGACAUAGACGGCAGCGGCCAGCUCAGCCUGGACGAGUUCAAACUGCUGUGGAAGAAGAUCAAGCAGUGGCAGAUGAUCUUCAAGCGCUACGACCUGGACAAGUCUGGCACCAUCAGGAGCUACGAGAUGAGGAGCGCUGUGCAAGACGCAGGAUUCCGUCUGAAUAAUGAGCUGUUCAACAUCAUCGCCAUGCGCUACGCUAACCAGCAUCUGGAGAUGGACUUCGACAGCUUCAUCAGCUGCAUGGUCCGCCUGGAGGGGAUGUUCAGGGCAUUCCAAGCCUUUGACACAGACAAGGAUGGUGUUAUAAAGCUGAAUGUUGUGCAGUGGCUGCAGCUGACGUUGUAUGCUUAAAGGCCAAAAGGGGGCGACGUGGUAGACAAAACUCAUCCCACCUCACUGGAAAUGCUCAACAUGAUGCACUGGCUUCAAUAUGCAAGAUGAUGAUUAUGGAUCUAGCAAGCCGAUGGGGAGAUUUGUCUGAACUAUGCCACCACGUGACAUGAAGCUACCGCCCAUUCUGUAUCUACCCCCCCCAUACUGUAUCUGUCUGGAGCAUCACAAACGUGCUCAUUACCCUUGUUUACAUUACCUUUAACUAGGGGGUAUACUAAGAAAAUGGUUCAGUAGUUAACCAGGUUAGCUUUGUGGGUAAAUCAUGCAAUAGAAGAGCCUAGUCAUAGAGGUAGAAAAUAACACUAGAGAGGACCCCGCCCCCCUUUUUACGGCAAACUGUAGCGGCCAUUAUCUGUAGGUAGAUCAGAGAAAUGGAAAUUAAUGGAGAACGAGGCUCACCUCUGUCAAAAAUGGCUUAAUCAUGUGAAAAUGUCCAUCAACACACUAUACAAGGACAAUAGUUGAAGUGUGUUGCUAACUAUGUUCAUAAAAGAUAUUAUUUGAUUUUUAAAUGUAUUUUAUCGACCCAUAUGAUUUAAGUAGAUAUUUAGCCUGACAUUUCAAAUCUGGUCUUUGAUUAAAGUGUUACUUCAUAUUUACACAGUUUUAGUUAAUUUCUUGACAGGGGUGGGCGUGUUCUCCAUUGACUUGCAUUGCCUGAAAGUACCUACACUACCUACGGAAGUUGGGAAGCUCCAGCUGCCAUUUCCCAGCGCUGUCGCAAAUUGCUGUGUCCUCUCUAGUGUUAUGUUCUACCUCUAUGAGCCUAGUCCUCAUUUGUUUACUAAACGAGGCCUGCAGGUAUAUCC